ACGAGUCACGAGCCCAUUGCAAUGAAAAGAGCGGCCCAUAGAAAGCGCAGGACCCGGGUGGACCAAAUCGCCGAUUUAUAUGAAUCUUCCCGUUUUUCUUAGAGCUCGCCGACAAUUUGUUUUUCCGUCAACGCUUCACCGCUGAUCUGAUCUAUAUAAUUGGCUUUAAUCAGGAUCUUCCUGCCGGCCGAUCUGUCCGGCUCUGAGUUGUAGACAUGGCUUCAGCCAAUGGCAAGGGCAAUGUGAUCAAUGACGUUGAAGCAAAAGGAUUGAAUCCAGCGCUAAUAGUUCUUCUUCUUGUUGGUGGGUUGCUGCUGAUUUUCCUCGUAGGGAACUAUGCACUUUACUUGUAUGCACAGAAGAAUCUCCCUCCCAAGAAGAAAAAGCCAGUAUCUAAAAAGAAGAUGAAGAGGGACAGACUGAAGCAAGGAGUGUCUGCACCUGGAGAGUAAAAAACAACAGAAAAGAGAGAAAAUUUAGCUCCCCGAGGUUUCCUUCUCUGUAGAACGUUUUGAUUCUCAAAAUUUUCCUACAUAGACUAUCUUGAAAGUUGCUACAGGUAUUUCCUAUAUCUGCUGUCUUAAACUCUUCAGAAAUUGAACUUGAUUAUGAGUUUCCUAACUCUUAUUACAUGGGCUCUUUUCUCUA